AUGUACGUCACAUGUACGCACAAGUGUCUCACAUGUACGCACAAGUGUCUCACAUGUACGCGCAAGUGUCUCAAAUGUACGUCACAUGUGUCUGUCACAGCUACUCUUGCACAGCUCCAGUCAAUAUUCCAACACUUCUGGAGGAGUAUAAACACAAGCAGCGGUCUGACUCACAGUGCAUGUAUCACAGCCGUGCUGCUGGAAGAUAGUGGAGGAGACACAGCCGAACUGGACGGGAUGCUGCUGACCAACGUCAACUCUCUGCCCUACCUGGUAACGAACCUGUGUGAUGUCAGUGACGUUGCGUUUCUAGUGGUUGGUUAUCCUUUUGGAGCUACGACCCACAUUGACCUGGUUCUGUGAGCAUUGAAUGAUGGGAUUCGGUAUGGCGUUAUUCACAAUGCUUCCAUCAUGAAUGCGGUGGGCUGUUGUGGAUUGCAGCUGUACAACUUCAAGAAGACUGUGUCCAUUAUGUUUUGGAUGGGCACAUGGAGACCUACGAGCUUCUAUGAUAAGAUCAAGAAGAACAGGGAUAUGGGCCUGCACACGCUGUGCCUGCUGGAUAUCAAAGUCAAAGAGCAGUCCUUGAAGAAUUUAAUGAGGGGUCAAAAGAUUUACGAGCCUCCCAGGUACAUGACUGUUGCUCAGGCAGCUGAGCAACUCUUAGAGAUACUACUGAACGGACGGGAUCGGGGUCAGGAACUGGCAAUGACUGAAGACAGAAGAGUCUGUGUUGGUCUGGCUUGGAUCGGAGCCAAGGACCAGACCAUCCGUUCUGGGACGCUGCAAGAGUUGGUGUCCUGUGACCUUGGAGGACCACUUCCUUUCAUGAUCAUCAAUGGCCACCUUCAUCCUCUAGAGGUUAACAUGUUGAAACUCUUCAGAGGUCCUGAGGGACUGAAGACCUUGAAGAUGACUGAUAGUUCCACAUACGUUUCUUGAUACCCAAGAAGCUUGUGCUCCUCAAGAAAAAAAGUUUCCUUUUCAGUGCUCCUGGGUUUUUCUAAAAAGGAAAAGCAGACAAGGCGGCCCACGUGAGAGCCUAGAGCUGCCGGAGGGUCAGGAGAGCACGCAAAUGACAUAAUUGUUAUUCCAGAUCAAAUUUGACCACUAUAACCUUUAAGUACCAGUCGGGCCAGGGUUGCAUUUCAUUACAAGAUUUAGAUUGGAAGUGGGAUGAUUAUUUUGACGUGUGGUGGUCAUGUUCUUGCUGUUGAAAAAUAUAUGAAGGAAUUAUAAUAGAGGAAAUGGAAAAGAUUAUUGUGGACCAACUGCAUCUGGGUUGCAUUAGUGCCUCUGAAAUGGAGCUUUCUUUGAAAUUGGCAUAAUGUUUCCAUACAUUUCUUAAUGGAACUUUCUCUGUAAGAAUGUAAAUAAGAAAAAAAGCGAAUACUGAGAUUCUUUGGAGCAUGUCAUAAUGAAUGAAGAUUGAUUUUCGUACAGUCAUCGCCACUGAUUACAUCAACGCCCUAUUGUGGUUUGGCUGCUUUCAACUACAUCUUUGAUUUUGUUUGUGAUCUCUCAUUGCAAAGAAAGUGAACAAAGCUUUUGUCAGAAAGUAGCUUGCCUCUGUCUGCUUUAUAUACACAAAGACAAAUUAGAGUUCACGUGUUGGAUUUAGAGAUUAUUUGGUUUACAGAUCUGCAUCUGCUUUUUACUGCCAUCAAAAUACAAAGCCCAAGAUUCACUAACUUUCUUUAAACUUUAACUGGUUAAAGUGAAGGUUAUGUACCUUUUGGCACACCUUUGACAAAAUAAACGUAUGGCUUGUUUCCACCUUGCAGUAUGGUAUGCAAUUAUUUAACUGAUUAUAUAUAUAUAUAUAUAUAUAUAUAUAUA